GACAAGACGCUGGUAUUUACGACACCGGUUGACGUGGACCGUCCGUCACCACCGCAAUGGCGGAUGCUGUAGGGGAAGUGCUUGAAGGCAGCUGACAAUGACCACAAAGACAAAUGAUCCCGUAGGAGAGAUAAGUGGACCAAAGUGACUCGUGAUCUGGCUGACGCACUUGACUCAGCAGAAUGUGAUCUGGACAGUAACCAGGAUGGUGUUAUCCAGGUCCAAAACCUACCCCCACAACAGCGGGCCAAGUUAUGGAUGAUUGCUUUGAACGUGUCUGGUAAAGGAGAUAGUCUGUCCUCAUGGGAUGGGGCUUUGGACCUACCAGAACAGACGCUCAUUCACAGCCGCAGUCAGCAGAUCAUUGAUGAGCUAGGGUUACCAGUGGAGGAAGGGCGGGACCUGGUAUCAGAUGUGGAGUCAGUGAUCACCUUUUACUGCAAGUCCAGAAAUGUCACCUUUACUCCAGAUCUUAGUUGGCCACACAUCCUCAAACCACUCCUGGGUUUACAGCUGUCCCGCAAAGACCUCUACAACUGCUUCUACGCCAUCAUGAAUAAAUACAUCCCACGAGACUGUGUUGCGAAGGGAAGACCAUUUCACCUCUUCAGACUCCUGCUGCAGUACCAUGAGCCUGAAUUAUGCUCAUUCCUGGACACAAAAAAGAUCACUCCUGAUUUCUACGCCAUCAACUGGCUGGGCAGUCUCUUUUCUAGCAGCUGUCUCCCUGAGGUGUCACAGGUCUUAUGGGAUGUUUAUCUCCAACAGACUGACCCUUUUCUCAUCUUCUUCCUCAUGCUCAUCAUCCUUGUCAAUGCCAAAGAUGGCAUCUUUAUCCAUGAAGGACAAAGCAAAGAGGAAAUUAUCAGUAAGCUGAUGCAUUCACCAGAAUUCCUAGAUGUAGAGGACCUUGAAGACUUGUUUUCUUUAGCACAGUAUUACAACAGCAAGACGCCUCUAUCACUUAGAAAGGAGAACCAUAAUUUGUUUGGCAGCAGUCUGGUGGCUCUGAAGGAAGAAGACAUGGACCUGAGUCAGGCUCUCUGUUUGCCUGUAUCAGUCCCUGAGAUCCUGCAAGCCAACCAGCUACAACCUGAGGGCGUGAGGUUUUUUGUAGUCGACUGCCGUCCUGCUGAGCAGUACAAUUCUGGUCACCUCUCCACUGCCUUUCACCUGGACUCUGACCUGAUGCUUCAUAAUCCCUCUGAGUUUGCCCUGUCAGUGAAGUCUCUUCUGGAGGCACAGAAGCAGUCUCUGGAAUCAGGCUCUGUGGCAAGCGGAGAGCAUCUGUGCUUCAUGGGCAGUGGACGUGAAGAAGAGGACAUGUACAUGAACAUGGUGCUUGCCCACUUUCUACAGAAAAAUAAAGAGUUUGUGAGCAUAGCAAAAGGUGGAUUUAUGGCAUUGCAGCAACACCUGGCAGAUAUUAAUGUUGAAGGGCCGGAUAAUGUUUAUGUUCACUGGAUUGUGAGCACCUCAGGAUCCCACAGCAGCCUCAGCUCAGCUGACGGGGAACUGAACAGCACAGAUGGAAAAGGAGUUAAAUCGCUUGUCAACAAAAUGACCUUUGCACUCAAAUCAAAGUCAGUUAAUGUAAAAGAGAAGGUGAUCAGCUUCAUUGAAAACACUUCCACGCCGGUGGACAGAAUGUCUUUCAGUCUACCCUGGCCAGACAAGGGAAUACUGGAUCGGCACAUAAGCAGCAGUGAUCGGGUGGGGAAGCCAUACAGGGGUGUGAAGCCUGUCUUCAGCAUUGGUGAUGAGGAAGAGUAUGAUACAGAUGAGAUUGACAGCUCAUCAAUAUCAGAUGAUGACAGGAAAGAGAUUGUCAAUAUUCAGACUUGGAUCAACAAACCAGAUGUGAAGCACCAUAUUCCAUGCAAUGAAGUUAAGGAGACUGGACACAUGUUCCCAAGCCAUCUACUGAUCACUGCAACACACAUGUACUGUUUGAGAGAGAUUGCUGCCCGAAAAGGUUUUGCUUACAUCCAAUCCAGGCAGGCCCUAAACUCUGUGGUGAAGAUCACCUCCAAGAAGAAGCAUCCAGAACUUAUCACUUUUAAGUUUGGCAACAACAAUGCUGCAGGAGUGGAGAUAGUGGCUGUGGAGAGGUAUUUAAUCCCAAAUGCCGGUGACGCCACUAAAGUCAUCAAACAGCAAAUCAUGAACGUUUUGGAUGCUAUGGAGAGCUCUUAAUGACAGAGACAUCAGAGAUGCUGCACUCUGGUCAUCCAGGAGACAACCACAGCUCCAACCAAAACCGCCUGAAGGGGAAGGAGGGAGUAGAGCAUUCCCACACUGUUUUUCGUCAUCAUCCCCCCCCCCACACCUCCUCCCUGGGCAACACUGGUGUGGAGUUCUGUCAUGACUCUUUGGGCACGUUACCAUCAUGAUUGACAGGAGUUCUAAAACUUUGGGCUUGGAGUUGUCAAUAUGAGAAAUGGUUAUUUUGUUCAUUUUGCUUCGUGAUUAUGAUUUCUGUUUUGAGAACCUGACCUAAUUAAGCAAGUUCGAUUUAUUAUCUCUCCUUUAUCUGUCUCGAGCCUUAAUGAGCUAUAGCUUUUUAUAUGAGUCAAACUGCUCCUCUGGAUAAGAAUACGGUUGUGGAACCUCAAUCAAGGAACUUCAUUGCUUUUUAUCUGCUUCAGUGUUUGAAGUCACUAAUUCUUUAGCCAUUUGAAGAUGUAAACAUCAUAUAUUGCUGCAUACUUAUGUAACUGAGAAGGGUUUUAUGUAUUUAUCCGAGCAGUGUUUUUACAGCAAACAGAUUCACCAGGAGCCUCAUCACAGGCAUUGAGGUGAAUAACUAUACUUCAUUUUCAUAUUUGGAAAGUAUGCUACCCUACAGGAUGCUGCUUGUACAAGUGGUUACACCAGUGUGACACAUGCAUACUUCCAUACAACUUUGCUUCCAUACACCUCUGUGCUGAUUGACUAAAACUACCUGAAAUGGUUAGAAUCUUUUGUCAGUUUCUGGUUCCAUAAAAUUGUUUUGUGAUCGCAGCUUUCAAGAUUAAAGGGAACUGGUUUGUGAGACAGUUAAAAGUUAAAUGGGUCUUCUCUAAGCCAAUGGCCAAGUUUACCAGAUAAUGUAUUGAGAACCUGAAGUUUAGGAUGCCUACCAGCUUCUAUUGGAAAUAGCUAUUGAGUAAUACAAGUAUUAAGGUUGAAGCACUCAAAGCCAUCAAAACUAUAUGUAUACACAAGUCAAGUGAAUGUAAGGAAAACUAAAGGUAACGUCAAGAUUAAGGGAGGGUGAUACAUAACAUUUUUUAAACUAGUCCCGUCAGUUUGUCACACUAUGCAAGUUCUAAAAAUUAAAUUUGAAAGUCUUAAAAGAGAAUAAUAUUUCCUUACGUCCCGGACAUGAAAGGAUAGUCAGAGGAUCAUGUUCCCAAUGCUCAACUUUUUAACCAUUGUUUAUUGUCUGCUAAACCACAUAAUGCUAUUGAUAAUAUCUCCUAUUUAAAUAAAUCAAAAUGUGGUCCGGUCCACCAUAUCUGACUAUUCUGUUAAAAUAAAAUGAUUGUUUUUGUACAACAAUACAAUCAAUGUAUUUGUCAAUAUUUGUUUUAUUUUGUUUAUAUCAAAAGUACACUGCAAAAUAUUUACAAUAAUUCCUUAAUAGUUUGAUAAAGAAUGGUUUACUCAGUUGUCACAUGAAAGCGUAAUAAAAAAAUCUGUACAAUAUUGCCACAACAGGCUAAUAGCAAGUAUCAAGUGAAGUGGAAAUUAAAAAAGAAAAUACUGAAGCCACAUUACAUUGCCAAUGUAUCAAUGUAAGUCACUUUUAUACUUUUAGAGGCCAGUAAACAGCAUGUCUAUGGAUUACCACAACUGUCAGAAGCAUUCAAUACUUAACACACUGCAAUGCAUUAGUAUCAAGAGUGUUUGCAACAAAUAAAAGAUACAAAGAGGGGUUUACAGUAUUACAUAAAGGCUACAUGACAACAUCAGUCUUACACCAUGGAUGAAUAACACUUUCUGUGAGAAUAAAGAAAAGAACCAUGUGCGAUUUGAAAUACAUACAAUCAAAGCUGACAUACGUCAACAUUUACAAAAAAAAGACAUUGUUCAACCGCAAGGAAUGACCGUCACAAAGAAUACAAUUAACACUAAAGCUCCUGCUGAGAGGAAAAGGAAAACA